AGAAAGAAGCUGUUUCAACUCAACAUUUGCAAAGUAUUUACCACACUGUGACGUGUUUGAUUCAUCCGACAGUCAUAAUUAACAGAAAUGUCAGUCAUUCAACCCAAAGUGACAUAGAAACCAAUAGUGACAUCUUUCCAGCAGCUGUGUACCUGAGACAUGAGCGAUGACACGUUUGAGCAGCCCAUCACACAGAAACAUGUCCGACAUAAAGCAUCAGAGCUCUGGACAGCCGCUGAUUGCUGCUGCAGAGUAAACAUUUGUUAGGCCUCUCUGUACAAGCACAGAUAGUCCCCGGCUCAAUUGACAGGGGCCCCUAAAUUGUGUCUGUGACGCCUGAUCCAUCGCGUCAAAACCAUUAAGAAGGACACUGGGUGUGAUGAUAAUGUAUCGAUCAGGUUGUGAUGGAUGGCCACUGAGGAUAUAUAAGUGAAGUUCUCUACCGAGCAGAGUUAUAAUCCAGAUCUGACCAUCUAGAGAUAUAGGCACCAUGAUUUCUGUCGCUGUGUUUUACCUCUUGGCUGUGAUUUGUUCUGCAAGACGGACACAUGCUCUACCUCUCUACCCCGACACCGACCUGGAGCCACAGGCAGAUUUCAUUCAGAAAUUAGUGUCAGAGGUGGAUGAUGGACCCAACACGGCUGAGGGGGAGCAGAGAGAGGUGAAUAAUCUGUAUCCUCUACUGAUGCAGCACAAUGGAGGAAGGGAGUCUUGGAAUAAAGGUGCUAAAGAUUCAAUACAACAAGACAAGUUUGCAAACAUGGUGGAGGACCUCAGAGAAGCCGUCUUGAAGCUGGCGGCGGCCGACAAGCUUCGCUCUCAGGGUUUUCUCAGAUCAGAGCAGAACUUGCCAAAAACAAACAAAAGAACAUGUUUCUGGAAAUACUGUGUCACCAACUAAAGCCUGGACGCUGCAGGACGUUUGCUGUGAUUUCUUCACGGCCUGGUCGGCCACGCCUUUCCUCUCCAUCGUCAUUUUUGUUUCCUACCAACCAGUUAAUUCACCAUCUACACCAAACGAUCAAAAGUUAUAUUUUUGAAGUUGUAAAAUUGUCUUUUUUGUGGCUGAAAAUAAAGUUGAAUCUCAGAAA